UGCUAUGUUCUGGCAUACGCUCUUUCAAAUUUCAAAGCAGCAAACAAAAUCUACUCCAAGAAGAUAUCCAUCGAUCUUAGGUCUGAUGCUACGCAUCUCUUUUUUGAGCUCAGUUUAAUUCUUCUUGUUUUUUCGUUUACUUCAUACUUUGUAAGCUUCGGCAAUCCUCAGCGUUUACAGACACGCGAAGUAAUAUUGGAAUCAAAGAAUUCUGCUGUUAUAUUUAUAUGCACCAUGACACUUCUAGUCUAUCGUUCUCUGAAGUUUGCAGACUUCGGACCACAUAGACAAUCUGUUCGUAAGAACUGUCUUUUUAUUUCAAUAUUCAUAUUGUGUGUAUUAUUUUCUAUAGUUGUAGUCGGAUUAAUAUUUUCAGGAAAUCAAGCAGCUCUGAGCUUCUUCCAAGUAAAAAAGCUCAGCCCCAUAGAUAUAAUGCUAUGUGGUGGCUGUCUGUUUGUAUCCAUUUUGGUGACUGUGCUCUUCGAUUUCUAUGAAAGAAUGAAGAGAAAAGAAAAGGCAAGAUAA